AUGCAGCCCCUAAGAACCGCCCUGCGCGCCGCUGGCAGGACAGCACUGAGGCCGACGCCCCUGCGCCGCGCUCCCAUCGCUGCCCUGCAGCUCCAGACCCGAUCCUACCACGAGAAAGAUGAGCCCCGGAACCCCGGGUCGCUGGACCGCAAGGACCCCAUGGUCGGCACCGGCCUGGUGGGCGCCCCCGCCUGCGGCGACGUGAUGAAGUUGCAGAUCAGGGUGGACAACGGCACCAUCACCGACGCCAAGUUCAAGACUUUUGGCUGCGGGUCCGCCAUUGCGAGCUCGAGCUACCUGACGGAGCUGGUCAAGGGCAUGAGCAUAGAGGACGCCGGCAAGAUCCGGAAUACCGACAUCGCCAACAACCUUCACCUGCCCCCUGUCAAGCUUCACUGCUCCAUGCUCGCGGAGGAUGCCAUCCGCGCCGCCAUAGCCGACUACCACACCAAGAACCCGCCCACGAACCUGGCAGCGACCGAGGCCAAGACGCUGGACAACUAG